AUGUCGCACCGCAAGUUCGAAGCGCCUCGCCAUGGCUCGUUGGCCUUCCUGCCUCGGAAGCGUGCAGCGCGCCACAGGGGAAAGGUGAAGAGCUUCCCCAAGGACAACCCGAAAGAGAAGGUGCACCUCACGGCGGCUAUGGGCUACAAGGCUGGCAUGACCACCAUCGUGCGCGACCUCGACCGCCCUGGUGCGAAGAACCACAAGAAGGAGAUCGUCGAGGCCGCUACGGUCAUCGAAACUCCUCCGAUGAUGGUUGUUGGUCUGGUUGGCUACAUCGAGACUCCUCGCGGCCUCCGCUCGUUGACUACUGUCUGGGCUGAGCAUCUUUCCGACGAGAUUAAGCGCCGGUUCUACAAGAACUGGUACAAGAGCAAGAAGAAGGCCUUCACCAAGUACGCGAAGAAGCACUCCGAUGACUCCGGCAAGAGCAUCACCCGCGAGCUUGAACGCAUGAAGAAGUACUGCACCGUCGUCCGCGUCCUCGCCCACACCCAGAUCGGCCUCACCCCACUCAAGCAGAAGAAGGCCCACCUUAUGGAGAUCCAGGUCAACGGCGGCUCCGUUGCCGACAAGGUCGAAUUCGCCCACGGUCUCUUCGAGAAGCCGGUCGAGAUCGACACUAUCUUCGAGCAGGACGAGAUGAUCGACUGCAUCGCGGUCACCAAGGGUCACGGUUUCCAGGGUGUGACGAGCAGAUGGGGUACCAAGAAGCUUCCUCGCAAGACGCACAAGGGUCUGCGCAAGGUUGCGUGUAUCGGAGCCUGGCAUCCGUCGCACGUGCAGUGGACUGUCGCUCGUGCUGGUCAGAUGGGCUACCACCACCGUACCUCCGUCAACCACAAGGUCUACCGCAUCGGCAAGGGCAAGGAUGAGGCCAACGCCACCACCGAGUCUGACCACAGCAAGAAGCAGAUCACGCCCAUGGGUGGCUUCGUCCGCUACGGUGAGGUCAAGAACGACUUCGUCAUGCUCAAGGGCUCUGUGCCUGGCGUGAAGAAGCGGGUGAUGACUCUUCGCAAGUCGAUGUUCAUCCACACCUCGCGUCGUGCGCUCGAGAAGAUCGACCUCAAAUGGAUCGACACCAGCAGCAAAUUCGGUCACGGUGCAUACCAGACGCCUGCGGAGAAGAAGCAGUUCUUGGGCACGCUCAAGAAGGAUCUUGUCCAGACGGUGUAA